AUGGCUUCAGUCGCCGACCUGUUCCAGGUUGGGAUUCCCACCCUGGACCGACCCUUCGGCCUGAAAAUAUGGCCCAUCUUCAGCAAGGUCUGGGAGCAUUUUCUCGGCUAUCCUGCUGAGGACUUCAGAUUUGUGCCUGGCCAGACACCCAUGUCGACCCUGACCGAAACAAGCAUAUUCAUUGUUGUCUACUACUUCGUCAUCUUCGGUGGCCGCGAGGCCAUGCGUGGGCGAGAGCCCUUCAAGCUCAAGGCUAUCUUCCUUGUCCACAACUUUGUGCUCACUGCUGUCAGCGGCCUUCUGCUGGCUCUCUUCGCCGAGCAGAUGAUUCCCACAGUUACGCGCGAGGGCAUCUUUCAUGCCAUCUGCCACAGGUCCGGUGGCUGGACGCAGCCACUCGUGGUACUUUACUACCUCACCUACCUCACCAAGUACCUCGAGUUGCUUGACACCGUUUUCCUGUUCUUGAAGAAGAAGCCAUUGACCUUCCUCCACUGCUACCACCACGGCGCGACCGCGCUGCUGUGCUAUACCCAGCUGCUCGGUUCGACCGCUGUGUCGUGGGUGCCCAUCACUCUGAACCUUGGUGUUCACGUUGUCAUGUACUGGUACUACUUCCAGUCCGCCCGUGGCAUUCGCAUCUGGUGGAAGGAGUGGGUCACCAAGUUCCAGAUCGUCCAGUUCGUCAUUGAUCUCGUCUUUGUGUACUUCGCCUCGUACACUUACUUCACCUCGACCUACUUCCCCGACUUCCCCAACAUGGGUUACUGCGCUGGCGAGGAAUUUGCCGCUUUUGCCGGCAUUGGGAUUCUCAGCUCGUACCUUGUCCUGUUCAUCUCGUUCUACCUAGCCACUUACCGCAAGGAUGGCAAGAAGACGACUUCUAGGAAAGCAGUUCGCCGCAUGAGCCAGGCGCCCCUGCCUGACCCACACGAUCUCCUGAUCGGUGGCAAGCCGCAAGGCUCUGUUGCGUCGACCACUAGUGCCAGGCCGACUGGUAAGACCAGCGGCAUGGUCACUCGCUCUCGCAAGGCAUAA